GAACAGAGGAUGGAGAAUUCACAGAAGCCAAUGCUUUUUAUUUUAGGGAUAUACAUUUUCUCAAUGCAGUGGUUACUGUCCCAUCAACAAGUUGAUAUGGCCUUAAAAGGAAUAGCAACACAAUCAUCUUCAUACAGUGGCAUUUACUAUGCUUCUUUAGCUAUUGAUGGCAACAGAGCAUCUAACAUGAAUUCCUACUCAUGUACUACUACAAAUGCUCAGAUUGGCCCAUGGUGGAGGGUGGAUUUGUUGGCGGUGUAUGACAUUAGUAAUGUAAUUAUCACUAACAGAGCUGACUGUUGUGCAGAACGUAUAAAUGGUGCUGAGAUCCACAUUGGCAACUCCUUAAUCAACAACGGCAACAAUAACCCCAGAUGUGUUGUUAUCCCUAGCAUCCCUGCUGGUGCCUCUGCAAAUUACACCUGCAAUAUGCAGGGUCGUUACGUAAAUAUCAUUAUUCCCAGUAUUACCCAGUUCCUCACACUGUGUGAAGUUGAAGUCUAUGGAGUUUCAGUCCCUGUUUUUAAAAGGGCAUUUCUGAGAAUAAAGUUUAACAGCAUUGAGGAUCUCAGCAACCCUACCAUGAUGGACAAAAUUAUUCAAAAGAUCAAAUCUGCCAACAUCCAGUCAUUAGUAUUUCAAAUCCGUUGGACAAAGGAACCAGAACUGAAACCUAACACUUGA